AUGGUUGAUACCUCACAGCCUGACCGGCGCGCUGGCCGGCAACGUCAGGAGCGCCAGGAGCGCCGGGCUGAGGUCACAAACGCAUCUGACACGGAUCCCACAACCAAUACGAAUACAUUGGAGGGAAAUCCAAUACUCCCAAUGGAGCCUGCAGAAUUCUUCACUCGGGAAGAGUGGCUCACAGAGCUACUAGAGGUGUUCCACGAAAACCUUGAGCCGCUCCAGAUGAAUCACGACGUUGAGGGGAUACGCCAGCUUAUCGAUUGGCUGGCUGAGAAUUUAGGCGCUGACGACGAACUGGCUCAGGCCAGCCCACGGACUCUGCCGUCCGAGGAUCGCGCUGCAGCCCAUCAGAACGCUGCCACGACUCGACUUGCGAAUCGGCUAUCGAGGGCCUUCCGACGGCUUGACCGGCUUGAGGCGCGCGUCCCUGAAGGUGAUGAGCCUUUGAAUCGGAUGGAGAGCUACGAACAGGAGAGCUACGAACAGGAGAGCCACGAACGGGGCGACUACGAACGGAGUGACUACGAACAGAGCGACUACGAACAGAGCGAUUACCAACGGGGUGACUACCAACGGGGUGACUACCAACGGGGUGACUACCAAUGGGGUACAAGGAGCUACAGACGAGACGGAGACAGUAUUGAUACUGACACGCUUCAGGCAAACGGCAAUACAAAUCAAGGUCGCCUCUCAGCUGAGCCAAUUCUACUUGACCCGGAAGGUUCGCAAAUCCAUUCGCCGACUUCAGAGCUGAGAGUGAUGUACCGCUAUUUCGUCGUUCCAUCGAAGCCUUCUCACGACUAG